CCCAUCACAAAUUAAAAACAGGGAAAUUGGUCGGGGAGGAUAAGGGGGAGUCGGAAUCUUCAUAUUGUGACCUUCUAACACACAAACAAGAGCUACUUACUUAUCAUCCUACGUUAAUAUGGUUCGGAUCCGGCUGCUACACGCUGCUCUCUGAUGUCCUGCAUCUUGUCCAUGUAGAUGAGGUGUGGUUAAGAUGAUGUGACUCCUGAAUCAUGAUGAAUUGUUGUCGAUACAGACUCUCACGCUCAAUGUUUUUAAUAAACUUCUUCAAACAAUCCUCUUUUACAUAACAUCCGAAGGCAGACACUUGCAGUCGUGCUUCUCCGAGUUGGGCGAUUCAACUUAAGCAUUCUGUCAGAUGAUGUUUUCCAAAGUUUACUGUACUCUGUUUAUGCUCAGAGUGUGGAGGAUGCAUGACAGCAGAAGCCAAGCACAUUUUCCAACAUAACACAUUGGAAACUCGAAGUAAAAGCGCUCACUAACUGAGCGAAUGAUGACAAUAGAAGAGUGGGAUAGUUGUCUUCAAUAUCCAGGUACAACUAAGAAGGAGUGAUGCACUGAUGAGGCUUGAUAUUAUUUCUAAGCGGCUCAACAAGCUCAGACUCACAAGCCUAUGAAGUGUUCUAGUCCAGUAAGCACAACACGUCAGGUCAGGCAUGAUCAAAAACAAGAGCGUAAAGCUGGUGUCGAAUGAGAGGAGCAGGAGCAUGUGCUGAUAUGCCUCUCCAUGUCCGUCGCAGCAGUGAUCCCUCCCUCGCGGCUCUGACUCCAGGUGAGAUCCUGCUUGGCCCUGAAGAACCGUCCAGGAAAAAUCCGGCCCGCUGGUCCACGACUGCUGGCUUCCAAAAAUACAAGCACAAACCCAACGCGACUCCCAGCACCAGCAGCCUUGAACGAAAGGGCAGAGGAGGCCAUGCUUACCGGAGUCUUCCUCGAGAUGCAAGUGGCUGGUCCACGCAGUUCCAGAGAGAGAUGAUGCGCUCCUCUCUCAGCGCCAACCACCCGAUGGUUGACAGGUGGCUGGACAAACAAGAGCAGGAGCUGGAGGAAGAGGAGCAGAGAAAACACGAGCGGAGGAUCGAGAGGAUCGAGCCAGUCGGGAGGGCAGACUCGGCGUUGGACCAUUCACCUGUUUUCAGUCUUCAAGGAAUGUUGAAGCCGGUGGAGGUGUCCAAUGAAGGCGGGCCCCUCGGGAUACACGUAGUGCCUUUCAGCUCGCAGGAUGUCAGGACUCAAGGCUUGCUUGUCAAGCGUCUGGAGCGAGGAGGCAAAGCUGAACAGGAGCAUCUUUUUCAGGAGAACGACUGCAUUGUCAUGAUCAAUCAGGGAGACAUACGCAACCUACGCUUUGAACAAGCCCAGAACAUUUUCCGGCAGGCCAUGCGUUCCCCUGUCAUCCUCUUCCACGUGGUCCCCGCCGCCAUGAAGAGACAGUACGAGCUGCUUUCGCUCCAGAGUGAACUCAGCCCACCGCAGUCCAACAGGGUGCGCUUCAGCCAAGAACUGCCGCUGCCAGGCGACAGAUCCAGCUUGGUGGGGGGGCUGACUUCCAGGUCUGGACCGCAAUCGGGACUCAACCACAACCACCAAGGGCCGCUGGCUGGAAGCACGCCAGAGCCAAGCCGGCGCUACGCCACGUUGCCACACAACGUGAUUUCAAGAGCGUCAUCGCUGCCGUCGCCGUCCUUACAACGCAGGAUCAGCACAAAUCAGACCCACAGCUCUUACGUGAAGCACAAAGGCCGCAGGUUCAACAUCCAGCUGAAAAAAGGUCCAGAAGGUCUGGGCUUCAGCAUCACGUCCAGAGAUGUCCCCGUGGGUGGCAGCGCUCCUAUCUAUGUCAAAAACAUUCUCCCCCGGGGGGCCGCCAUUCAGGACGGACGCCUUAAAGCUGGGGAUCGACUCCUGGAGGUGAGUGGAGAGGACCUGAACGGUAAAACGCAAGAAGAGGUUGUGGCCCUGCUGCGAGCCACAUCGAUGGGAGGGAUUGUGAACCUGCUGGUGGUCCGGCAAGAAGACUCGCUGCUACCCCGAGAAGUGCAUUCUGAAGAGGAGAACUUGGUUUUGAACCCUGAAGGCACGCCGGAGUUGAUGACCUUUGAGAUCCCUCUGAAUGACUCCGGGUCUGCGGGCUUGGGGGUCAGUGUCAAGGGCAACCGGUCCAAGGAGAACCAUGAUGACUUGGGCAUCUUUGUCAAAUCCAUCAUCAAUGGAGGUGCAGCCAGCAAGGAUGGUCGUCUUCGUGUCAACGACCAACUCAUCGCAGUCAAUGGGGAGUCGCUGCUGGGGAACACAAACCAGGAAGCCAUGGAGACGCUGCGCAAGUCCAUGUCUGUGGAGGGCAACAAGCGCGGCAUGAUCCAGCUCAUCGUGGCCCGGCAGUUGGCCAAAAACAAUGAGCAUGCACCCAGCAGCCCUCCUGUCUCGGAGACUCCCGCCAUCCAGCCGUCCGACAACCACGAGCGUCGGAUCUCCCACUCGCUGUACGACAGCAUUGAGAGCUUCAACAACAUCACCACUCCUCGAGCCAUGGGACGCAUGGGCAACUACCAGCUGUCUCCGACCGUAAACAUGCCCCAGGACGACAUAGUGAUGAUCGAGGACGACAGGCCGGUGCUGCUCCCGGCAAAUAUCUCCGACCAGUCGUCGUCUAGUUCCCACGAUGACAUGGGGUUUGUUGGGGAGAAUCCAAUGCACUGGAUUCAUGAACUGCCCAACCAGAAUGAAUGCUCACUCAGCGCCGACGCGGACCCCGACGGUUCCUUCCAGAGGGAGGGAUUCGGCCGCCAGAGUAUGUCGGAGAAGCGCACCAAGCAGUUUGAAAACCCUGCGCAGCUGGAUAUUAUCAAAACCCGCAAGUCCAAGAGCAUGGAUCUUGUAGCAGAUGAACUUGUCUCCAGGCCAAGACCCAGUGGAGGUUCCUCUGAGCAAGAGGUUGGCCCGUCAUUGGGCUUGAAGAAGUCCAGUUCCCUGGAAAGCCUCCAGACCGCCGUGGCUGAGAUCACGCUCAACGGAGAGUCCGGCCCCCAGAGGUCUCACUCCCGGAUUGUCAGAGGCCGCGGAUGCAACGACAGUUUUCGAGCGGCCAUCGACAAAUCCUACGAGAAAGUGUGCGCCAAUUCCGCCGAGGAGGAAAACAGCAUGGACACACUAGAUGAGGACACAGAGGAAAGUUCUCGCUCUGGCCCUGAGUCGAUGUCAACCAGCGGUGAUCUCACCGUGGGACCGGGACCGAACGGCAGCAUUUCCAAAGAGGACCGGGGGAUCGAUCGAGACAAAGCUGGAGGAAGCGGAAGGAAAAAAACAGAGCGUGACAAAGAGGAGAGAGACAAGGACAAGAACAAAUCCAAGAAAGGCGUGUUAAAGGGCUUGGGCGAGAUGUUCAGGUUCGGGAAGAACCGAAAAGAUGAGAGGGCAGGCGAGCGGAUGGAGAGGAAGGCUUCCCGGAAAUCAAAAGCGGACGACGUGCAGGCGUCAGAGGAGGAGACCUUACGGAUGAAACUGGAACAAGAAAGAAUCCAGGCCAAGACACGAGAGCUUCGGGAGAAACAGGCGAAGGAGCGAGAAUAUGCUGAAAUUCAAGAUUUUGUCAGCCACACCACUCUAAGUUCUGAUGAAGAGCACACUUACGCCGGCAUCGGAUCGUUCGACUCGUCGGUGUCGGUGGACGGCAGCAGCGUGGAGACGUACAGCGCUCAGCACCACUACCAUCUUCCUCAGAGCCCUCAGAGCCCACCGCUUCCCAGCAGUCCACCUGUGGAGGCCGUGUACGCCCAAGUCAACAAGCCUCGCAACGGACGGCCCGCGGCGGCUGUGGACAGCAGUCAGAUGACUCCCAGUAACCACGACCGGAUACAGAGGCUGAGACAUGAGUUCCAGCAGGCUAAACAAGAAGAAGACCAGGAUGACCUCCGUCACACCUUGAGCUUUGACCAGCCCUGGGUGAACAACGGCACCGAGACUCAGAGUGGGCGUCAUUCUGUGACACUGGAGAGUCAGGUCCAGAAAGAUGAUCAAGAAAAUCUCCAACAAGCACAGAGAAGCUUCACCUCCCUGCCUCGGCAACCUCGGAAGACCCCCAGCACAGUCUCGCAGGACUCCUGGGACAAGGUGUACCCGCCGACAGAUGGGCCUCAGACCACCAAGGAGAACCCUCGCUACUCCGUCGGACAGGGGUCGCACAACGGCUAUCUGGGAACCUCCAGCUUCAACGCCCGCGUCCUGCUGGAGACUCAGGAGCUGCUGAGGCAGGAACAGAGACGCAGAGAGCAGGAGGCCAGCAAGGCCAGACCUCCUCCUGCACCAGAAACUCCCAGCAGAGACCAUUCUCAGCCGAAAGCUCAUUCGAAAGGCCCCUAUCGGCAGGAUGUCCCCCCAUCACCUUCCCAACUUGCCAAGCUCAGCCGGCUGCAGGGUUCUGAGAAAGGGAGGCAGUUUUAUUCCUGAGGGACGCAAACAGCAGCGAGCUUUAAAAUGCUGGGGAACAAAAGUUUUUAAUGUCGAUAUGAAAAAAAGAUAUUUAAAUGAUUUUUUUAAAACUACAGAGAAUCAUGAUUUUAUUGUUGCAUACAACUUUUAUUUUUGUUCCAAAUCUAUGUUUAAGUGCCUUUUUACUAGAGUUAUUUUUCACCUUUGUGUCGGUACGCAACUGUUUUUAUUCCCACAUGAUGUUUUGUUUAUCCAAAAAUCUGACACAGUCGAGACGUUCAGCUGAAAGGAAUGACACUUUUGACAUUUUUUCUGGAGGGAUAUCACAACACUGUGACUCUUUAACAAGCUCAUGAGACGACCCAGACAUGUUUGUGUAUGUGUGUAUUAAGUGUGUGUGUGUGUAUGUGUAAGCACAAGCAGCUACUAGAGGUAAAAUAAUGACAGACUUGCUUUAUUUUUGCUUGUCAGAUCUCCUUGUAGUCGUGAAAUUUAGCGAGCGCUUAGACGGCGGGACACAUUUACCAGCAAACUAUGAUUUAUUACAUUGGUAUGCCACCUAUUCCGAACCCUAUUCUUAAGCAGCUCUUGACAUGCUGCUUCUAUGCUGCCAAAUUUGACCUUCUUUUCCUAUUGUUUCUCUACAUUUCUGCAACACAUGGUGUCAGUUGUGGGAUGGGAGACAACAUAAGGCCCGUUUAUGCUCUACGUUACCGAAAGAGCCUUCUGUCCGUGCUCUGCUUUCAUUUCGUCCAUAUUUCCCCGUUUCCAUAAAGCUUAUGGAAACCAUGAGGGCAGUGUUGCUGUAACUACCCGAUAUGUAGCUCUAAUAAGACACGCAGGAGACAUAAUAAUAACGAAAAUUCUCCGUCCUCCACUCGUGAUAUAUAUGUAACCAACAUACCGACCACCACCUCCCGCUGCCGCUGUUUGAUAUUUAGUGCAAGAGGUACAUUGUCAGUACUUCUUCCACAGUCGCCAUGUUUGUCGUCAAAAACAUUUGGCUCUGAGCUGCUCCCCCUGGUGGACAUAUUGGUGGACAAUACCAAUGCAAAAAAACGUGUGGAAGUAUGUGAACAUUGUCUGAAACAGACCCGUACAAUGUUGUAUGUAAAGGAACCAUAAAUGGGCCUUUUGGAGGGUGAUCUCUCUAAUAUACACAUUUUUUGCCUUUUUAUUCUACUCUGACUGUUUACUUAAGUCAUAAAUAGUCAAAAAAAUUUUAGGUCAAUUAUUUAUAGAGUUGCUUUAAGCUUACUGUCUGAACUGUGAGACGAAGUCUGGACUCCCGUCUUAUAUGCACCGUCUUCCAAGCAUCUUGUGAAUCCAAGAUAAUCCCCCUCUGCAAUUCUCUUUGUUGGCUUCUUUUGGCAGUUUUUUUUUUCGUCCUCCCUUUGUCCCUUGAACCAUCCAACGCUCCACUGAGACCAAAAGAUCCUUAAGAUCCCCCUCCGUCCUCCACAGCCGCCGACCGUGAUGUGAGAAUUUGCUUAUCAAUUAAUAGAUAUGAAUAAAUAUAAAUCGUUGUUCUCCACACAGUGCAACUUGCAACACAGAAUUCUGAGAUUUUGUCUGAGAGUAAAUCGCAUGUAACCAAAUGGCUGUGGUGCUCUGUGAAUAUUUCAUCAGGGUGGUCACAUGGGAAAGCACAUCAGUGGUGCGGUGGGUGGCCUCAGUGAGGGUCUGCAUGUCUAUGGCCCCGACACAAUGGAGCUGAUUUUGUUUCCCCGCCAUCAUUAUGUCCUUUGAUGGAAACCAUUUUGGAGCUUUUUCACUCUUCAAUGGAAAUUAGCCGCAUUUCUCCAAGUCUGACGGUGUAGCUGUGAACUUUUGGAUUGAGGAGUGGACUUUCUCUCAAAAGAUUUUUUUUUUUUUUCGUCUCUCCAUCCAGAUCUUUUCUGUAUUCAGACUGCAGCUCAGACAGAUUGGCGGUAUUAUAACUGUAUAACAUAGUUUUGUACUGUAUGAGGUGCAAUUUUUCGGUGACAUAUAGAGGCAGUUCCUUUUUGGAGAUUUGCUUUAACGGCUGUAUUGGUAAAAUGAGUUUAAAGUAUAACAAAGAAUCUAGAACUUCCAUUCAGCAUCACAUCAUUUCAAAGUUUUAUCACAAAGUUUUAUGUCUUUUAUUCCUGUCAGAGUGGCAGCGAACAAAAUACUACUCAGACGUGGAACAAAAUACAGUUGUCAAUCAAGCUUUUGGGACUGUGGGAGGAAACCAGAGUGCCUCUGUGUUUAGCAUUACUCUCUGAUCAACUUUCCCACUUGGAAGCAGAGUUUCCACCAUGUGGUUUCUCUGUGUGGCUGGAGGUCAUUCACUGUUUUGGAAUCAUUUUUUAUUGCCUCUAACUUUGGUACCAGUGAUUCAUUCUCUGGACAACUAGUGCAUCGGACAAUCCACGCAGAGGACAAGGGGUGAUGAGGGGAACUGAAACAUCAUUUUUGCGAUGAGAAAAUAGUUGUAAUUUAGUCCGGGGUCUGUCUAUUCUGCCACUUCCUGCCCUUCUCUUCCGACUUUGAGCAAUGACUUCACCCAGGCCUCGCUUGCAUAAAGUCGAGCUCUGCCUGAAAGUGUGCAACUCAUGUUGGGGUUUUGAAGACCAGCAGGUUUCCAUCUUCUUCAGUUGGAGUGUUUGGGUCGUAUAGGGUGAUAAGUUACAGAAACAAAAAACAUUUUUGUGAGUAUCAAGGUACCAACACACAAUUUAAACAAGUAGGAUCAGCACUACUGCACCGCUGUGAAGGCAUCACCCGUGUUUUAUCUCGGAGAUAAACCUUUAGCGAUGAGUGAGUUCUUGUUUCACCCAAGCUUGCAGGUUACUUUCACGCUGGUACGAAGUGCAUGGAUUGUCUUUAUUGUACAACUUAAUAUUAGUACAAUUUGGGGAGCAUAUAUGGGCAGAUUCUGUCAAGAAAAAUGUGUUUCUUAUGUUUUAAUUUUGUGCUCGUUGCGUCACUAUCUCUAUAUUUCAUGUUGCAAAAAUGCUAUUUUUCAUCCUUUCAGCAUGAAUCAUGGGUCUUCUUGAGUGGGUCAUUGUGUAGGGACUGACUUAUAGUUGACACAACCACCCAUCUUAUUUGAUUUUAGCGUUUCAUUGCAUUAUUGUUAAUGCGCUCAUUUGAACGGCUGUUUUCCAAGCUUCCUUUUAAGGACCAAGGCAUCUAAAGUCUGGUGAAACAGACCCGUUGUGUGCAAAUCCCAAAUUCAAAAUGGGCGAAUAUUUCCAUGUUGAAUACAACCGGAGGAAUAUGGUUCAGUCCGCAGCGAUCACCAGCGAAUUCUUCUCAUUUAAGGAAGCAACAGGCUGUUGUUGGACCUGCCACAUAAACACGGGUGCAUUAAGAACAGUAUGUUUUUAGCUGCUCCGCCGCUAAUGUAUCAGCGUAGGUGGACAUGUGUUUGGAGUGUCUGCAGAUGCUGCCAGUAGCCCGACGCUCCAAUAUGUCUAUGAAUAUGCCUUGGCAGCCAUGUGAACCACUUGGCUGCUGAGUGGGUGAGUAGCCGAAGAGUAGGAGGAUGAGACGACGGGAGGUCUGAUCUCGCAGAUGAUUCAGUCGGCGGCGUAAUAGCCAGUAUUCCUCCCGAGUCUGCGGCACAAACAGGAGGCCGAGCUGUGUUCUGCUGACUGUCUUCACCUUCUGUUUGAUUCCCGGUCAGUGUGGAUGAUGUGUGUUUGUGUGAUUUAUAUUUUGGAUUCCUCACCGUGAAGCAGCCAGCCUCCCCCUCCAGGCAGCACGUAUGCAAAUCCAAUAAUAUCCCCUAAUCUGCAUGUAUUAUUUGUAAUGAAUGUUCUUUGUGACACACAAAUCUCCCAUAUAAUGUUGUUUUAUAUGUCCUUGAGUUGGGGAGAAAUGAGACUGUACUGUUGUUUUAUUACUUUUUUCAUAAGCAUCCCUCAUUAUGUUUUAUUAUCCGCCGUAUGGUACUAUGAUGGCUAAGGAAAGUAUAACAAGUAAACAGUGCAAUUGUUUUGUUAUCCUUUUUUUGUUGUUGUUACAACCGUGUAUCCAGGAGAAAUGUUUGUUCCCUGUACAUAAACAACAUAAACUUUUUCAAUGAAUAAAUUA